GUGAAGCUGGAACGACGGAUUUUAGCCAACGUGGAGGAGACAAAAUCCAUCAACCUGGAGUCCGCUUGUCAGAAGAGGCGGAAAUGUGAGGCUGAAGGGAAGGAGGUAAAGGCCGAGCUGACGGCCCAGCGCAAUAUGUUUCCUAGCGCUCAAAUUAAAAUGAGAUUGCUGUCGCCAAGCAGUUCGCCAGCAACAUCACCAACGAUGUCCAACUCGUCGUCACCGACGCCCCCAACCCAGCCGCCACCAACUUACAAUCAAAAAAUUACGGGAAUCCCCUGCGUCGCUGCUGCCUCGCGCUACACAGCGCCCGUCCAUAUCGACGUCGGGGGCACGAUCUACACAUCCUCAUUGGAGACGUUAACGAAGUACCCCGAGUCGAGAUUAGCUAAACUCUUCAAUGGCAGUAUUCCGAUUAUGCUCGACUCCCUCAAGCAGCAUUACUUCAUCGAUCGGGAUGGCGGAAUGUUUCGACAUAUUCUCAAUUUCAUGAGAAAUUCACGUUUACUCAUUCCGGAUAAUUUUGCUGAUCUUGAUUUGCUGCUGGAGGAGGCACGGUAUUUUGAUAUUGGACCAAUGUGCAGACAACUGGAGCAAAUGAAGAAAGACCGUUUGAAAAACGGUGCGAUGUCACCCCCGAGUCCCCCCUCGGGUCAAACAGGUCGUCCAGCGUGUCGGGAUGAGAAAAAAUCCGCCGAGGCAUACGAAUGUGUAGCACUUCACGUGAGUCCAGAUCUCGGUGAACGUGUGAUGCUGUCAGGUGGCAGAUCACUUCUGGACGAGGUUUUCCCGGAAACCACACAGGCUGUCAUCGACGCACGCUCCGGAGUCGCUUGGCACCACCAGGACACACGUCACGUCAUACGAUUCCCUCUGAACGGUUUCUGCAAAUUAAAUUCCGUUCAGGCCAUCACGAGACUCCUCAAUGCUGGCUUUCGGGUUGUGGCUAGCAACGGGGGAGGCGUCGAAGGCCAGCAGUUCUCGGAGUACCUUUUUGUGCGCCAGGGGAACAACACCUGACAGACAACCUCGUGAAUGAAAGGAAUUUUUAGAUCUCGAAAGACUGGUGUUUCAUGUCUUUCAUAAAAUCGUAGAAGGAGGGUCGAGAGGAUUCUGUGGGGAAAUGGUAGAAAGACUUGAAGUAUUUCGAAUAUUAAAAACAAAUGCAAUCAUUUUUUUUAUAAUUUUUCUAUUUUUUUAAAUAUUGUUUUUGGCUGUUUCUCAAAUGGAGAAAAAGUCAAAUAAUUUCUUCUACACUUCGUUCCCGAGACGGUCGUAAAAUGAUGCUUCAGAAAUUUCGAAAUUAAUUCGGCUUUAUUGUUAUUACGAAGCAGUUGAGAGACUUCGUAAAAAAUUCGAAGUGGUGUGAUGAUAAUUUCCCCAGAAAGCACUUAUUGCCGGGAUAAUUUCACGAGGAUUCCGCCGCUUCUUCACAGAAUAACUGAAAUUAUCUGUCGAGAGUGUGAGAAUAUUUUGAGAUUGGCUGGGGUAAAUGUGUGCCUGUCUCCACCCCCCCAAAAUUAUGAGAGUUGAUUAAGAGUUAUUUAAGAGUGUACCUAAUGUAAUUUAUAAAAUCGUCAAUGAUUAAUUAAUGUAAAUAUCAGUUAAAAGAAAAAAAUCAAGUUUAAUGUAUGCACCAAACCGGCGCCAAUCACCUGUUCAUAGGUAUAUUAUUGAUGUA